UUUCCCCUUCUUCGAGUUUUCAUCACAUAAAGUAAAUAAACCGUUCAAUUUUCUCUCCUACUCUACUCUCUACAGAACUCGGUCGCUGACUCAGUGAAAAAAAUGCGAGAGAUCCUUCACAUUCAGGGAGGUCAAUGUGGGAACCAGAUCGGUGCUAAGUUCUGGGAAGUGGUUUGCGCCGAGCACGGGAUCGAUUCGACGGGGAGGUAUCAAGGGGACAGCGAUUUGCAACUCGAGCGAGUCAAUGUCUACUACAACGAAGCGAGUUGCGGUAGGUUCGUUCCACGCGCCAUUCUGAUGGAUCUGGAGCCCGGGACGAUGGAUAGCGUCAGAUCCGGGCCGUACGGUCAAAUCUUCCGUCCCGAUAACUUCGUCUUCGGUCAGUCCGGUGCCGGUAACAAUUGGGCCAAAGGACAUUACACGGAAGGUGCUGAGUUGAUCGACUCGGUUCUCGAUGUUGUUCGUAAGGAAGCCGAGAACUGUGACUGCUUGCAAGGAUUCCAAGUUUGCCACUCGUUGGGAGGAGGCACUGGUUCGGGAAUGGGAACUUUACUGAUUUCAAAGAUCAGGGAAGAGUACCCAGAUCGGAUGAUGCUCACAUUUUCAGUUUUUCCAUCUCCAAAAGUGUCUGACACUGUUGUUGAGCCUUACAAUGCAACUUUGUCUGUUCAUCAGCUCGUGGAGAAUGCAGAUGAGUGUAUGGUUCUUGAUAAUGAAGCUCUCUAUGACAUUUGCUUCAGGACUCUUAAGCUUACCACUCCUAGCUUUGGAGAUCUGAAUCACCUCAUAUCUGCAACCAUGAGUGGUGUAACUUGCUGCCUCCGUUUCCCUGGUCAGCUGAACUCCGACUUGCGAAAGCUUGCAGUCAACUUGAUCCCAUUCCCUCGUCUACACUUCUUCAUGGUCGGAUUCGCACCCCUCACAUCACGUGGUUCCCAGCAAUACCGAGCCUUAACCGUUCCUGAGCUCACUCAGCAAAUGUGGGAUGCCAAAAACAUGAUGUGUGCAGCUGACCCGCGCCACGGCAGGUACUUGACCGCAUCAGCUAUGUUCAGAGGCAAAAUGAGCACAAAAGAAGUCGACGAACAGAUGAUCAACAUUCAGAACAAGAACUCAUCCUACUUUGUUGAAUGGAUCCCCAACAAUGUGAAGUCAACUGUCUGUGACAUCCCACCUACAGGUCUGAAAAUGGCGUCCACGUUCAUCGGAAACUCGACUUCGAUCCAGGAGAUGUUCAGGCGAGUGAGUGAGCAAUUCACGGCUAUGUUCAGGAGAAAGGCUUUCUUGCAUUGGUACACUGGUGAGGGGAUGGACGAGAUGGAGUUUACGGAAGCAGAGAGUAACAUGAACGAUCUGGUCUCGGAGUAUCAGCAGUACCAAGACGCGACCGCGGAGGAUGAAGAAGGGUAUGAGUAUGAAGACGAAGAGGAAGAAAAUAUCCAAGAGGAGGAGCAAUAACAGUGAUGAUCGUUGAACUAAAUGUGAUCUCGUAUAGUUUUCUCUCGUAUUCUUGUUUUUCACUCGUUUGUAUUUGUGUGAUCACUUUUCUGUAGUGCGUGCAUCUUUGAGUUUAGCUUUGAAUUUCCGGUUUGGCUUGUUCAUGUCGUGGAUUUGUAUGGUUUGAGAUUUUCAUGUGUCUGUUAGUGUUUGGGUCUAGCAAAGUCAGUAAAGUCUUUUUUUCAUUUAUUGAUUCCAGACUUCGAGUUUAACAGCGUAUUGAUUGUCUUCAUUUGACAGAGUAAAUGAGAGUCGCCUUCACUGUUAA